CUGACGUCACAUCGUGGAGCUAACUCAGACCAGUCAAUGGUGGCAAUGGACAGAUUAAUCCUCCAGUUACUGUUGCUCCUUAGCGUUACAAGUUCUGAUGAUGCUGGGCCUCUAAUAGAGCACUGUGAAGCCACGUGUGAUAACUGCCAGGGUGGAUGGUAUGGCAACAAGUGUACCCUUGAAUGCACAAAUUGUCAGAAUGACAAAUGUCAGAAAAGUACAGGUGAAUGUGACAACUGUGAACAUGGUUUUUAUGGCAAGAGAUGCAAUGAGACGUGUUCACCAAACUGCCGAGAGAACACUGCGUGUAACCGUAAUAACGGGCACUGUGAUGACGGAUGUUUACCGUCAUACUGGGGAGGUAUGUGUGACAGGAACUGUAGCCAAAUGUGCAACAAUUCUGUUUGCAUACACAAUUCAGGGAGGUGCCACAUGGGCUGCAAAGAUGGCUGGACUGGUUUCUACUGUAAUAUUAGUUGUGAAACAGGCUGCGUCAAUAAGACCUGUGCACAGAUAAAAGAUAAAUGUAUAGAAUGCAAGAAUAACAAUGGUGUCCUAUGUGAAAACAGUGAAUGGUGUCUCAAUGUUUGCGAACAGUGUAACAAAGAUGGACGAUGCACAGCAAAGAGUAUUGGAAGUAAAGAGGAGAAUGGCGCCGUGGACGAAUCCGAAUCUAACGUGGCAGCAACAGUUGGUGGCGUGGUUGGUGCAAUCCUGAUUGUACCUACAGUUGCCGGGGCUAUAGUGGUAUACAGGAAAUGGUCGCGUAAGCACCAAGGUUGUCGACUUGAACAUGGACCACAGGCGCCUGAAGCCGAGGAAGACCCUCUAAAUAAGCUUUGAAGUCAUUUCCACGUCUGAUGAGACAUUACUUUUGCGGCCUAGGGAGUCCAGGGCGUCUUGAUGGCAGGUCAUACGGUCCUAUUCUUUGUAACGAGCUUACGAUAGGUACAAACAAGGUAUAAGAACACGUUGGAAUACCACCCUGUAAGCGCUUGUAAAGACGAAGAAGAAUAGCAAGACAUCCCUCGAGAACCUCACCAGAAGCCAGGAAACAUCAGUAACCAGUCUACUCAAGGAUUGUCGACUGAAUGAGGUUUCUCAAAGCUAUGACACGUGAACUGAAACCUGCUCAUUCCCACGUUUAACCUGGCGAUGCCUGUAACCAUUUGCUGGUGACAAGGACGUUUUAUGAACAGUGGCUGUGACAGUGUCAAACAUUCUAGGUGAAGUCAUUCGAAAGUGUGACAGUGUUCGUAUUCACUUUGAGGUUCAAUCAUUCCUGUAUGUAUAUAAAGGUCAAAAGUCAAAGUCAAAA